AUGGAGCAAAAUGCCAUAGACUGGCCGACUUCUGGGCACGUGACAGUAGGGUUUGCUGCCACGUCGUACGCUGACGUCGCACGAGAUUUCUCGCUGCCAAAACCUCAGCCUGACCAGGCAUACGUCGAGGUCUCCGCGCUGGAAGCGGGCAUAAUCAACCUUCCUCUCAUCUACUUUGUCCAAGGUGCGACUUCGGGGGAGGUCGUCAGAGGCCCUGCUCUUGCCUUCUCCAUCAUCCACAAGCCCUCCGGCACGCACCUGGUUUUUGAUCUGGGCUUACGUCGCGAUAUCGAGGCCUAUCCUCCCCCAGUCCACGCCAUCCUCAAAGUCUUUGGGACUGUUACAGUGCCUCAGAGCGCCGAGGAGUCGCUGAAGGCAGGCGGCAUUCCCCCGGAGGCGGUGCAGACCGUCAUCCUCAGCCACUUGCACUUUGAUCACAUCGGUAAUCCCGAUGCGUUCCCGAAUGCGACUUUCAUCGUCGGUCCAGGCAGCCGGGAGCUCAUCGAAUCUGGGUAUCCCACCGACCCAAAGUCAGCCAUCUGGCAAUCAAUCCCAGUCGAGCGCACGCGCUUCCUAUCGUCGUCAGACUUCUCGAUGUCUGUCGGCCCCUUUCCUCGCGCGUAUGACUACUUCGGUGACGGCAGCCCCUAUCUCGUGGAGGCGCCGGGUCAUGUCGACGGGCACAUCAACGUCCUGGCGCGCACGUCGCGCGACGGCUCGUGGAUCUUCCUCGGCGGCGACUCUGCGUACGACACGCGUCUGCUCACUGGCGAGAAAGAGGUUGCGUUUAAGAUAGACGCAAGCGGACAAUCACUUUGCGCGCAUGAGCACAAGGACAUCGCCAUCGAGCACAUCCGCAGGGUGGGCUCGUUGCUCAAGGUCCCAAAGGUCCAUGUUCUGCUCGCUCAUGAUUGGGAGUGGUAUGAGAAGAACAAAGGCGGUGGCGCGUUUCUGCCUGGAGUUAUUCCUCCCGCGUAG